GUGCUCUUCAUCGAGACAGGGUUCGGAGCGGACCAGCAUGGUCAGAACGCGACCAAGGCGGCUCAGAGGGCAUGCCGCAACGCCAUCGAGUUCAACUCGAUCCCAAGCAUUGCUGGGCUGAUCCCGGGAGGGUACGCCGACAUGGUCCUGCGUGUUACCCUGGCAGUUCCUCUUGGGUAUGCGCUGACGUUGGACCUCGACAAGGUUCGAACGGUCUUCCCCUACGGCACCUGCCACUUCUCGGUGGUGGAGGGAGGAGCAGCGUUCAGCAGCGGGAUUGCGCUCUCUGCCCUUGGCGACCUGAACGACGACAUGAUCAUCGUCAUCGCGCACGUUGUUGUAGGC